AUGACGCAGAAUCUGGAGAAUACGCCGUUGACUUCGGGUGAGAAUGGGAGCUUGGCUGAUGGUUCAAAACCAACCAAGCCAGAGGACGUCGUGAAAGGUGUCCAGAUAAAGUCGGAUGAUGGCAAACUCCAUAAUCUCUUCUACAACGAAACCAAAAAUAAGCUUACCUUCUCCUUAGUGGGGUAAGAUAUUGCUUACUUUGUUUUCAUCAAGUUAUUCCUAAACGGAAAAGUAUAUCACUGCUGAUUUAGGAAUAAAUGUCGUGAACUCACAAUCAGCUACAGUGAAAUAUUAUCCAUUCGCCAAACACCAGUCAAAAUAUACGGAGGCUUACCGAAAAAAAUUUAUCCCGAUGAGCACAACAAAAAACAUCCAAACGCUCUUUACAUCUACUACACUUACAGACAAAACAUAUAUUUAUGGAGGAUCAGGGAGGCAGCGAUCUUUUUCUUGACCACAAGAGAAAAGGAACAAUGGGAAGCAUUGUUGAAGAAGCCCCUUUCAGGUGAGGUCACGUUCUCUUUCAAUUUGCCUUUUAGAACUUUCCGAACGUCCAAAAAAUAUAAUUGUGUUCAUAAAUCCUUACGGGGGCAAAGGAAAGGCGAAACAGAUUUAUGACAAGCAAGUGGAGCCCAUUCUGGAGUUGGUAGGUGUCAAUCGAGAAGUCAUUUUGACACAACGUGCUGAUCAUGCACGAGAUACGAUUAAAGAGCUUGGUAUUGAUUCUUGGGGUAGCAUCGAUGGUGUAGUCAGUGUGGGCGGUGAUGGACUUUUUAAUGAAGUUUUGUAUUCCAGCAUUAUAAGGUAGGUUUAAGCAUAAGAGCUAGUAAUUGUAUAAUAGAACUCAAUCCGAAAAUGGAAAGGACAUAAAUGAUGUAAAUGUGGAUAAGUUGGUAACCCCGAGGUUCCGUUUUGGUAUAAUUGGGGCCGGUUCUGCAAACUCUAUAGUAUCGUCGGUGCAUGGCGUAGAUGAUUGUCCAACCGCGGCCGUGCAUAUCGCCAUCGGAAGUUGCUGUGCCGUUGAUGUUUGCACCGUGCAUGAGGGCCUAACCCUAUCUCGGAUAUCUGCAAAUGCCAUCUCAUACGGAUGGUUGGGCGACGUUCUUCAUGAUUCAGAGCGUUAUCGGUUCAUGGGACCCGUCCGGUACCAAUGGUCAGGUAAGUAUUACAAAUGUGAAUUUUCAAUCCUGUAUAGCAUUGAGGACCACGGUCAGACAUCCUACUUAUUACGGCCGAGUUUCAUUUGCGGUAACCGAAAAGUCCGACGAGAAGGUUCAGCUUCCUCAAUGCAGAUCUCCUUGUUCGAUAUGUCAAGGGUAAGUAAAAUCAUUCCAAAGCGUUAUUUGAUUUGCAGGAGAGAGCAGCCUGACCCUAAUCUCCCCUAUCACUGGCAGACCGACUUCACGCACUGUAUAUGCUGUGUGAUACCAUGUGUGAGUCCUUUUACGCCUUAUGGCCUCGCCCCGUACGCGGGUGUUGGAGAUGGUACCAUGGACUUGGCAUUGGUCCCAAAGGUAACCAGAUGUCAAAACCUCCAGAUCAUGAGGACAGUUUCUAUGUAUGGCGGGAAAGAGUUAUUGCCGCGGGGUCUGAAUCUGAAGGUGUACAGAGUAAAGAGAUGGUCUUAUACGCCUGCCGCCCUUUUAAACCCCGGAGAACAAAAGGACGAAAAUGACAUUAAACAGGGAGCCUGGAAUUUAGACGGAGAAAUCCUACCUCAACCUGCCGAUAAAACAUUACAUUUUCGGUAAGCAGAGGAGACAUUCGUUGCCGUUGAUUUAGGAGUGAUAGGAAUAAUUAAAUUGAUUUAGACUUCACCCUAUGCUUAUCAGAUACUUCGGCCGGGAAUUAGACCUGGACGACCCUCGCUAUCAAAAAUGUCAUUGCUGCCACUGCCCCACUAAAUACUCGAGGCUUGUCGUAAUCGGCUAAUGGGCCGUUAUUUAUGCAUCUUCUCAUCUUGCACUCGCCAGUUCUGUACGGCCAUUAAAAUAUUUAAUAAUGCGUUUAAUAUCCAUUAUAAUCGUGCCUUCAAUUUUCCAGAUUUUUUAAUAAACCUUUUAUGCAAAGACACAUGGGUGUGUCAUGAAGCGACCUGCCAUGUUUGCUCAACCCCACCCAAAUGCCCACGUUUAAUACCAGAACUUUGUGACCGUGUUUAAAACAGUUUGGUGCAAUAUCAAUUUUUUUCAUAAUUUCAGUCCUCAUCUGAAGGCAGUGCAAUCCUUUCUUCCUCGAAAUAAGUAAUAACUCAUUCAUCCAGCUUUUCUUGAUUGAAACGGAAUGCCAAAAUUUAUUUUAUUUUCGGAGAAUCUUUGUUUAUAGCGGCACAUCGAACUGCAUCAAAAUGUCGCCUUCUAUUCUCUAAAUCUCGCUCCAAAUCUAUUUGGCAGAAAUGUCCGUAUAGUUCCAGGUAAUUUGUUGAAACAUAACUUGCGUUGUAUUAUAUAACGUCUUUGCUGCGCUCAAUCAUUAGAGGUUAUAGUUUAGCGAGAUAUGACGCACGUUUAUAACUUGCUUUUCACUGAAGAGUAGUUCGCGGUGACCGUUUGCUACUACGAACAGAGGUCUUGUAAGAGUUUUCUCCUUAGUUAAAUUAAUAGGGAUAGUUCACUAAAAUAUAGGUAUAAUCAUCAACGGUUUCCACAGGACUAUAAGAACAAGUAAGAUGAAGAUAGCUUUUGUAUAUAACUUUUGUAUAUAUAAGACUUAGCCUUCUGAAUAAGUCAUUUCAGAAACUAUUAUUCUGCGGUUUUAAAUCAUGCAUUUUGUCCGGGAGCUAUUCUCAAAUUAAAGGUUUUGUUUAUCGGCCGGUUAUGUCAUAUUAUACUUUCUUAGUAUGAUUGAAAUGUAUAUAGAGCUUAUUUUAGGUUUAAAGCCACUGGGUGAACAGAAUGCAAUGUUCUCGACAAUUAAUUGCCGUAAUAUCCUUCUGUAUGAUACUGUUGUUGAUAUGGGAUCUAAGCAUCGAUUCCUUCGGAACCUCUUAUGGAUAUUUUAUUUCGCAGGGCGUUAAUACAGAAGACCCUACAAUUAUUUUAUUGAACUCGGCCAACAUAAACACUACCUCUUUCGAUGUUGAUUUAAACGGUAAACAAGUUCUUAUUUUCAUUUCUGUUUUAGGCACAUUACCCCAUUUUGAGACACAAAACUUAUCAUUGCCUGCUUGUCCCCUUGAUACGCCGAAUUUGGUUGGCCCGAUACGCGUGUGGUUGGAUGCCCCGUCUUAUCAUAAUAUAGAUAAAUUAUAUCCAUGGUUAGAGGAUGGAGGACGUGGAUGCCCUGAAGAAUGUUUGGCCAGACAUCGUGUCGCAGUCAUCGUGCCUUAUCGCAACCGUGAACUCCAGCUACGCACUUUUCUUCACAACCUCCACUCAUUACUCAGGAAACAACAGCUGGAUUACGCAAUUUUCAUCGUGGAACAAGUAGGUAAUCAGACUUUCAACCGAGCCAAAUUGAUGAAUGUGGGUUACAAAAUCGCCAGUCAGAUGUACGACUGGCAGUGUUUUAUAUUCCAUGACGUUGAUCUGCUCCCCGAAGAUGAUCGUAAUAUAUAUUCGUGCCCAGAAAAGCCAAGACAUAUGAGUGUGGCCGUAGACAAGUUUGGUUACAAGUAGGUUAUAAGGCAUUUUUUACACCUAUCUAGACUUCCUUAUGGAUCUUUGUUUGGUGGGGUCAGUGCAAUUUCUAAGGCGCACUUUGUAAAGAUGAAUGGAUUUUCAAACGAUUAUUGGGGAUGGGGAGGAGAAGACGACGAUAUGUCGUCAAGGUAAGAAAGGUCAAUAAGUAGCUAGCACUGCUUAGAAUCGUUUACACUGGCCUCAGAAUAUCCCGAUAUCCGAUAAAAAUUGCUCAUUACAAGAUGAUUAAACAUGUACAGGAGACCGAGAACCCUGUGAAUAAGUGAGUUUAAAACAAAUUCUGCGAGAGACUCGAGUUAGCAGUGCACAAAAAAAACAAGAUGUUACAGUAGCGGCGUAAAAUACUUCUGAAAAUUUAAAAAUUUAUCAAAAAAAAGAUUUUUUAAAAUUAUGGCAUUGAUGACAUACAGAUCUCCAAUUUGUGGAAACAUGUCAAGAGAUGCAUUUACCACCGUGUAAAAUAUCAGCCCGAUAUGUGCAGUCAGUCCAAAGUUAUGACCAGUUUUCUAUUCCAUACACUUUAUUUUCGCACUCUCAAAAGCGCCAAGUAUACAAGGGUUGUUAAUUUGACAAAAUUUUUCAAAGUGACGUCAAAUUGCAGUCAUUUCUCAUUUUGGCUAAAUUAAAAAUUCUGAUAUACGAAACUUUCACACUCGGAUUAAACAUGGACUAUGAAUACCGUUUAUAUCACUUGUAACUAGUUUUAAUGCUUAUUUAAUAGGUCGUUUUGACAAGAAGGGGCCAUUGAGUCCCUAAAAACUUUAAAUUCCGGUUUUUUACUAUUUUUUAGCAAAAUGCAACAAAAAUUUUCCUACUAACAGGGGAAGUACCCCAAGUGCGACGCUCAGAUUUUGAUGAAUCAUGGCAAAAAUUUAGACUAUUUUUUCUAACAAGGAAAGUACUUUUAUGGGGGCUCCUACUUUUUGACGGGACAUAUCUCAAAAAAUCAGAAAAAAUGUGCUGAUCAAGGAUAUAUAAAUCUUAGCUGCCCAUUUUAGGUUUUUAGGGGUGAAAACUCAAUCGGAAGUUGACUUAAAGUCCUAUAUGAACCCCUUUUCGCUUACUUUUUCACGGGUUUACAAUUUUUAUUUUGGCUUAAAAUGAUGUUUAUUCAGUUUCUAAAACGUAAUAAACCAGUCUUGGCACAAAAUUUUAUUUUUCCGACCUUCAACUUCAAAAAAAGUUGAUUCAGCCCAAAAGGGAAAUCGAACCCGUGCGGCGUUCCCCCUCUUGUUUCCCAGACUACGGCACUAACCACUCGGCCACACCGCUCUCUUCCGAAGGAAGAGACCGACUGCGCUUUUUAUCAUUCGAAUGCUGCGCCUUUUGUAAGGAAAUUGAGCCAGUUUUUGGGCAUUUUCACCCCUAAAAACCUAAAAUGGGCAGCUAAGAUUUAUAUAUCCUUAAUCAGCACAUUUUUUCUGAUUUUUUGAGAUAUGUCCCGUCAAAAAGUAGGAGCCCCCAUAAAAGUACUUUCCUUGUAAAAUACAUGCGACGAUCCUAACUCGCGCUUUGCAGAAACAAUCGAGAUUUUUAGGUGGAACGUCGGCGAAAUUUGAGACUUUUUACCGAAUUUCGGCACUAAAACUUUCAUACCUAUUUCUACCGUAAAAGGUAAUGUUUUAAAAAAAAUCAAACUUUUCCACGCGAAGCUAACAAACUUAUGGCCAAAAAGUGUUUUUCUCUCUCCAUGUUUCGCGUACUCUCUUGCCGGCAAAGAUUGUUCAAUAUCUCAGUGGCGCUUUGAAAGCGCGUGCUAAAGGAAUUGAUAUUUUGUCUAUGGCUGACGUGUGUGCAAUAUUUAAAGAAAACCUGAGUGUCGCACUUGGGGUACUUCCCUUGUAAGUCAAAAUUACGGCGUCGUGACUCUUCCGGGCAACCACUUUGCGGGCAGCCGACAUUUACCGAUUAGAAUUACGAUUUUUGUACCGUCAUCUGCGUAAGAUGACAGAAAUUUUGCAUUGGCAGCUCCUUCGUACUGAUAAGUACACGAAUCUAUUAAAUUCAUCCACCGUUUUCAAAGCUAUAGGAGUUUGUUUUCAAAAAAUGGUUUCUGAACCUUUGAAAAAAAGCCAAGAAUUUAAAAUUGUACUUAUACUAAUACAAGAGUAAAAUAACCAUGGUAGGUGUUUCACGUCUAUACUGUAACAUAUUGUUUUUUAUAUAUAAGCAGGGGUGGCCACCCGGGCCCGUUUCGGCCCGUCUUACUUAUCCCGAACUUUUUUCUGAGUAACCGGAUGGCUUUGAAACUUCGGCUGGCCCUAGGUUUAGAAGGGUGCUGACCCUUCAAAAUGUUAUCAGAUUUUUGAUAUCUCUUCUCCAAAACGAGAUAUCGCAAUUGCGGGAAAAGUAAGACGGGCCGAAACGGGCCCGGGUGGCCACCCCUGUGUAUAAGGCAUAUCUGAGAGCUCGAGUUCCUCACAAAACGGGUUUUAAAAUAAGGUUUCUAAUUGUUUAGAUGCCGGUACAAGUUAAUGCGUUUGACAAAGAAAAGGUACCUCAAAGACGGAGUGAGCAAUCUCAACUUUAAACUAGUGAAUAUCACUCUAUGGAAGAGUCACACCAGGAUCUUGGUGGAUCUCUUAGAAGAUUCUCUAAGACCUUCGCUGUACAAAGAAGUCGGGUCCAAGGAUUGUAAAUGGCCAUAG